GGUCCUCUCCUUUCUUCUCAUUCUCAUAACAAACAAACGAACAACCAAAUUCGCUCUCUGAACAAAUUUUUUUUUUUCUUUCGAAUAAAAUCUUGUUUCAACUAUUAGGGUUCAAAAAUUAAAAUGGUGAGGUUGGUCGAUUAUGAAACUAGCAGUGAAGAAGACGAUGAUCUGAUGAUAUACGAUCACAGCAAAAAGAAACGACCAAGGAGUCCUUCUCCUGAUUCUGUAAUAGAAUUAGGUCUCCCAGGACCAAAAAGAAUGAUUAAUCGCCAUGGAAAUUUUGGUGAGGAGGUGCGUUUUCAAGAUGGCGGUGAUUUUUCCCUAGAAAGUGGUGGAGUGAAGGAUGUUGGUGGUUUGGAGGGUGGUGCUGUUGAUCUUGUUUAUGAUCCCAUAAAAAAAAACUUCAGAAAGAGACCAAGUGUCUCUCCAGUUCAAACAAGUGGUGGAGUGAAGGAUGUUGGUGGUUUGGAGGGUGGUGCUGUUGAUCUUGUUUACGAUCCCAUCAAAAAAACCUUCAGAAAGAGACCAAGUGUCUCUCCAGUUAAAACAAGGGGCUUUAGCAUUACAUCAAAUAAUGAAUAUGGUGGUGCUCGUGAUGAAGAGGGUGGUGCUGGUGAUGAACACGGUGGUGAUGCGAAAGAUAUAAGGCUCCUUGUGAAUAGAGUCAUACCGUCUGGAUUUCAUUUUUUUCCUUCGGAUGCGGAAUUGGUUCAAUUUCUGACAGUGAAGAUAGAGGACCCCAGUUUCCAGUUCCUGUGUAUCCCAGACAUUGAAGUGUAUAAGCUUCAUCCCGAAGAAAUCUGCCAGGGAUCCAUAAAGAUCUGUUUCACUAAAGUUGAGAGGCAGGGGGUAGAGAUAAGAAGAGGGUUGCCAGGAAUGCAGGAGAAUUUGGCUAUUGGAUAUUGAAUGAGACUACCACUGAUGUUAUCAGAAAGGGAGUAACGGUGGGAAUCAAGAGAGCAUUAACCUUUGUAUUAGCAAAGAUAAGAAGAACAAGAAUUCGUCAGGAUAUCAGAUGAAGGAAGUAAGCAAGCUCGAUGAGUCAACCGAUUGGGUUUCCUGUACCAUAUAUCACAAAGACCACCACAAUGAAGAUGCUGAUGGGGAUGAUAUUUUGGUGUUUGAUCCUGCCCAUCUGCUCUGAGGUUUUCAAGGUAUUCAAUGUCAAUUCACCAACUACUGGGGAGUGUACAGUACUGUUGCUUGAGAUUUAAAGAUAGAAAAGCAAAAAAUUGACCAAAUUCCUGAUGACCCCAUAGAAGAAUUUGAAGAUUAAUUCCUGCAGUUUGAGCCAAAUUCCUGAUUGCUUAGUAGAUUGUAACUAGAAUGUCAUUGUUAAAUGUUGUUUGACACACAACAACGAAUAUCUUGAAUGGUUCUUACUGAUGAAUUUGAUACAUUUUGAUUGGUCUUUUUCAUGCUGUCAUUUACUUUCAUUUUAACGCGUUUUAUUUUCUAGUUUUUCUUUAAGCUUAUGUUGAUGGUGGUGUGUGGAAAGUGAUUGGUUUAUUGGAAUUUAUGGUUGCAAGAGCUAAGUCAUGAUCCCUACUAGGUACAACUUCGGCUUGAACGCGAAUCGUAGAUUCAGUUCUGUAAGACUUUGGUUGUUUAGAGUGCAGGUUGACAUUUUAUUCCAAUUGGAUUUGGGUGGUUGUUCUGGCGGGGAAUGAAAAAGCAUGUUCAUCGCAUUUCUUCUAUUAUUUUAGCAAUAAAGUUGAACUCACAUCAGUGUGGGAGGAUGCUCUUGCAUCAAAAUUAGUUCCUGCGUUGAGGAUUCAACUUGCAGGUCUCUUUGCCCUGUUUUUUUGUUAUUUCUAAGGAUUGGGAAAUGCCCUGUGACUGACUGGGGAUCCACUUACGAUGGACGAUGUUAUUCUAAUAAGUUGUUGGAAGGGUGAUUCUGUCUCGCUCCAGAAGGAUGAUUCGAGAAAGUUACAGAUUUCAUGUUAACUCGGUCGGGCUUUUACUUGGAACCAAAAUGUUUGGGCUGCUGCAAAACAGGGAUGCUUCGGAAAGCUAAUGUCCCAGUCAAACAGUUAACUCGUGGAGACCAGUCUGACUGUUGCAACCGAGGAAGUGUGAAUUGGUGAUUUGGGGGAUCUUAGAGGUACUCGCAUAUUCUUGUUCAUCCUUCCGUAUUGCUGGAAGACUGGAGGGCUCUGCAAUGUAGGAGGCGAAAGAAGAUUGUGGUUAUGAACUGCGAGUUGCAUAUUUCAAAGUCGAAAUGGAAAUAUGUUUCCUGAUUUAUCCUAUCGGGCGCAGGUGCUCUUGUUUUGUUCUGCAGAAGAGUAGGAAUUGUUGUUGAGGCAUGCACACCUUAGAGGGUUUCUUCCAUAAGCAGCAGAAGUACUUGUUUUGAAGUAAAAAUGGUACAAAAGUUGUUCUGUAUGCUAGUAAACAGCUGAGACUAAUUUCAAAAAAAGAAUAGUAAAGCUUGAAAUUUUGUUAGGUUCUUAAUUCAAUUCAUUGAUGUAACCACUCUCUGGUUCUGAAUUUUGAAA